CUCUGGGACACGGCCACCAGCCAGUGCCAGCAGACGCUCGAGGGCCACAGCGGCUCGGUCUGGUCGGUGGCCUUCUCUCCGGAUGGGCGCCAGCUCGCCUCAGGCUCCUACAACAACACCGUCAAGCUCUGGGACACGGCCACCGGCCAGUGCCAGCAGACGCUCGAGGGCCACAGCGACUCAGUCUGGUUGGUGGCCUUCUCGCCAGAUGGGCGCCAGCUCGCCUCAGGCUCUGACGACAACACCGUCAAGCUCUGGGACACGGCCAUAGGCCAGUGCCAGCAGACGCUCGAGGGCCACAGCGACUCGGUCUUGUCGGUGGCCUUCUCGCCAGAUGGGCGCCAGCUUGCAUCGGGCUCCGACGACAACACCGUCAAGCUCUGGGACACGGCUACCGGCCAGUGCCAGCAGACGCUCGAGGGCCACAGCGACGACGUCAGGUCGGUGGCCUUCUCGCCGGAUGGGCGCCAGCUCGCCUCAGGCUCCAGCGACAGCACCGUCAAGCUCUGGGACACGGCCACCGGCCAGUGCCAGCAGACGCUCGAGGGCCACAGCGGCUCGGUCUGGUCGGUGGCCUUCUCUCCGGAUGGGCGCCAGCUCGCCUCGGGCUCCUACGACAACACCGUCAAGCUCUGGGACACGGCCACCAGCCAGUGCCAGCAGACGCUCGAGGGCCACAGCGACUGGGUCUUGUCGGUGGCCUUCUCUCCAGGUGGGCGCCAGCUCGCCUCGGGCUCCCGCGACAUCACCGUCAAGCUCUGGGACACAGCCACCGGCGAGUGCCAGCAGACGCUCGAGGGCCACAGCGGCUCGGUCUUGUCGGUGGCCUUCUCUCCGGAUGGGCGCCAGCUCGCCUCGGGCUCCCACAACAAGACCGUCAAGCUCUGGGACACAGCCACCGGCCAGUGCCAGCAGACGCUCGAGGGCCACAGCGACUGGGUCUUGUCGGUGGCCUUCUCGCCAGAUGGGCGCCAGCUCGCCUCAGGCUCCGACGACAACACCGUCAAGCUCUGGGACACAGCCACCGGCCAGUGCCAGCAGACGCUCGAGGGCCACAGCGACUCGGUCUUGUCGGUGGCCUUCUCUCUGGAUGGGCGCCAGCUUGCAUCGGGCUCCCGCGACAUCACCGUCAAGCUCUGGGACACGGCCACAGGCCAGUGCCAGCAGACGCUCGAGGGCCACAACAGCUUGGAGAACGUAUUCGAGGUGGCGAUCCAGGAACCAACUGGAGACCUUAUGGGACGCAUGGAUCACGAAUAG